GGUGGGAGACGAGGGCUCUCAAAUCUGCACCCCAGCUACCUUGGAUUAAGGACUUUCUGCGUCUGUGCGUGUGACAGUGUGUGCGCGUGUGUUGUGUGUGCGCGUCUGUGUGUGUGUGAGUGUGUGUGUGUGUGUGUGUGUGUGUGCGUGUGUGUGUGCGUCUGUGUGUGUGUGUGUGUGUGUGUGUGUGUGUGUGUGUGUGUGUGUGUAUGUGUGUGUAUAUGUGUAUAUGUGAUAUGUGUGUGUGCAUAUGUAUGCCAGUGUGUAUGGGUGUAAAUGCGCGCCGAUCAAUUUCUUCCCAAACAGAUGAAGCUUGUUAGACGGUGAUCGAUUCCUCGCCCGGUUGUUUUUUUUCCGGCUUGAAGGAUGACAACACUUAGAAGAAAAUAAAUCUAUCCCGCACCCCCUACAAAAAAAAAGUUUCUCUGCUAACGCCUCGGUCAACUCUGUGCUCUGGAGAUCUUCAGUGCAACUUCUUUCCUGGACGCUGCGACAGAAUAAUCGGAGCUUUCGAUCCUUGGAUUUCCAGCGUUAUUUAUCCGGAAAAAAAGAGACAGACUGAAGUGUUAAUCAUUUGCUCUUGUUAUUUUAAAUGUUUGGGAUUCAGGAACAUUUACCCAGAGGAGGGCCUGAUAUCAAAGACAAAUCGACAGGCGGUGGAAUGGAGGCGGUUAGAUCUUGGGUCCGGACAGUUGGCGUAGUGGCGGCUAACGUUGCGGCUCAGAGCGGCGUGGCUUUGGCCAGAGCGCAUUUCGAGAAACAGCCUCCCUCGAACCUGAGAAAGUCCAACUUUUUCCAUUUCGUCCUUGCCCUUUAUGAUAGGCAGGGGCAGCCGGUGGAGAUCGAGAGGACUACCUUCACAGACUUUGUGGAGAAAGAUUUGGAGCCGGGGAAUGAUAAGACGAAUAACGGGACGCAUUACAAGCUUCAGUUGCUGUACAGUAAUGGUGUGCGAACGGAGCAGGAUCUCUACGUGCGACUCAUCGAUUCCGUGACCAAACAGCCAAUUGUCUACGAGGGUCAAAAUAAAAACCCAGAAAUGUGCCGGGUGCUUCUUACUCAUGAAGUGAUGUGCAGCCGCUGCUGUGAAAAGAAGAGCUGCGGCAACAGGAACGAGACUCCAUCGGACCCCGUCAUCAUCGACAGAUUCUUCUUGAAGUUCUUCCUGAAGUGUAAUCAGAACUGCUUGAAAACAGCGGGGAACCCUCGGGACAUGCGCCGAUUUCAGGUUGUAUUAUCUACAACCCUCAACGUGGAUGGGCACGUGCUGGCCGUCUCGGAUAACAUGUUUGUGCACAACAACUCAAAGCAUGGACGCAGAGCCAGGCGCCUGGAUCCCACAGAAGCUACGCCAUGCAUCAAAGCAAUCAGUCCCAGUGAAGGAUGGACCACUGGAGGCGCCAUGGUUAUCAUUAUCGGGGACAACUUCUUCGACGGAUUGCAAGUUCUCUUUGGUACAAUGCUGGUUUGGAGUGAGCUGAUUACUCCCCAUGCCAUCCGAGUGCAGACGCCCCCGCGACACAUCCCUGGAGUGGUGGAAGUCACACUGUCCUACAAGUCCAAGCAGUUCUGCAAGGGUGCUCCAGGACGAUUCAUAUACACAGCCCUGAAUGAGCCCACAAUAGACUACGGAUUCCAGAGGCUACAGAAGGUCAUCCCACGACACCCUGGUGAUCCAGAAAGACUAGCAAAGGAAAUGUUAUUGAAGAGGGCGGCAGACCUUGUAGAGGCUUUAUAUGGAGGACCUCCAAAUAAUCAGGAGAUGAUCCUGAAGAGAGCAGCUGACAUCGCGGAAGCUCUGUACAGCGUCCCGCGCACCCCCAGCCAGCUUCCCGCCCUCUCCAACACUCCCAGCCACAGCAGCAUGAUGAGGAUGAACUCGUACAGCGGCCAGCUGGGCGUUAGCAUCUCAGAGUCUGCACAGGGCAACAGCCAAGGUUACAUCCACAACAGCAGCAGCAUCUCCCCCCGGGGCUACGCACCCACCCACUCGCCGCAACAGUCAAACUACAGCACGGUCGGUGGCAAUAUCAAUGGCUACAGCAAUGUGCCAAUGUCGAACCUUGGCGUGCCCAGUUCCCCAGGAUUCCUAAACAGCUCUCCUGCCAGUUCACCCUAUGGGAUUAUGCCUCCCAGCCCGACCGUGGCCUCCGCUGUCCCUCUGUCCUGCAGCACCUCUGCCAUGCUUCCCUUCUCAUCUUCUGUCUUCCCCGCAGUGAAACAAAAGAGCGCUUUUGCACCGGUGAUCCGACCCCAAGAGUCCCCCUCCCCAGCCUGCUCCAGUGGGAACGGAAGUGGAUUCCGAGCCAUGACUGGACUCGUAGUUCCUCCAAUGUGAGACUGUUCUCUCCUGUCACUAUUUCGCAUUCCAAGGAGCAAAGUUCACCCUCCACGAAAACAGCAUCACCAGAAUCAACAGCUGUCAAAAAUAUUAGCAGCCUUCCCUCAGAAGCGGGAGCACAGCUAACGUACUUUGUUGCCUGGACUGAACAAAUUCCCUGCAGCAUUGUAGAAAACUCGGCUUCAUCCAUACUUAAGAAACCUCGUACCCAUGGAAGAGAGGGCAAAAGGUGGUGGCGGGAGAGACAGAACAAGG